UGGACUGAUAAGCGCAGUUGCCGUUACUUUCGUGGUCCAUAUUGUGCUUUGCCGUCAGUUCCAUUUCGUAGUUCGAAGCUUUCGCACCACUCACAGGAAAUAAAGCUAUCAAGAUGUUCAAAUCUUAUCAAUUGGCUGUAGCCGUAGCUCUGCUGUUUGUUUGCUUCAAUCCUGAGGUGACUUCCUUUGCCCGGAACUUGAAUCAUCAUCGUCCAAAUGUAACGUAUGGUGUGCCGGCCCAUAACUAUCACCCUGGCUAUAACCAGAGCAGGCCGGCUGUCCAGCAACCCAACAUUGGAUUCUAUAACCACGUUUCUCUUAAUCAACCUCAGCCCAAUUUCGGAUUCGGUUUCAAUCCACAGCCCGUCUAUAAUGGCAAUCCACAGCCCGUCUAUGGUGGCAACGGUUACCGCCCAGCAAAUCUUACAGCUGUUCAAGGAGGAUAUCGGCCACACAACAGCACCAGUGUAUUUGGAAAGCUCUUCAAGUUGUGGUAGAAACUAAACCCCAAAGUGUAAUUAAAAACUAUUCUCAAUAAAACAUAUUGUAUAUACGGUAUGUCAAGCAACUGA